AUGCCCGAGGCCGACCCAUACAAGUGGUCCUCCGUAGACACUGUCGAAUUCUUACAGCAAAACCAGUUCGGCAGUCUCGCCCAGCAAUGGUCUACCAAUGAUCUCAAUGGUCAAAUUCUGCUUGAGGACGUAAAUCUCGCCUUCUUGAGGGACGAGCUCGGCAUCGAUGGCUUGAAGGAGCGCAUCAUCAUCAUGCAGAUGAUUCGUGGACUGCGCAAAUCUUCUGUGGCCUACGCCGAGAGCUUGGGCUUGAGCACUCUGUCGCCCGCGCCGCUGAUACCUUUCUCCCACCUCUCCGGCACACAGAGUCCUACAGAGCUUGUUGGCAGCAGAGUCCGCAAAGGAGAGGAGCUGGUCGAAGACUCCGGCGGCCGCAAGCGCCGCAGAUUGAAUCUCGACACCACUCACGAUGAUGCUCAAUCCGGAGCAUCCGAAAGUCCUACCAUUACGACUCCGCCCACGAUCCAGNCUUACCUCAGGGCCCACUGCACGAUCGACCCCCUCGCUGGACGUUCUGGCUUUCUACGUCCUAAGAAACACACUGUCGAUGAGAUAUUCUACGGAGACACCACCUACGGCUCGGAAAUCAAGCACACUGAGACCGAGGACGGUGAUUCUUACGACAACUUUACCAUCUUCGGCAAACCCGAGUUUCCAGGUAAUGCUUCGUUCGUUUACCGUCGACUGCAGCAUGCGUUCCAACAUCUCGACCCGCAGUCCAUCACAUACCAUCAUAACCCCGCCCUAUCAGUCUAUCCAUACCCCGAGAGCUUGCUCGAAGACAGAGACGCCAGAUCUGUCACUGUUUUUGAGUCUUCGGAGAGUGGCGUCAAAGUCAUCCGCGAGAAAGCUCAAAUGUUGGCCUUCCAACAGCACGACACAGUGGACACGCAGAUGAGUCCUGGCGAGUUCGGCUACCUCCUCGACAAAUACGGAGGAUCUGAUGAACUCCUACCUACGUACGGAGAGUCAGAACAUGGCUCAGACUCAGCAGACGAACAGAACGCCGGUCUCGAGGAUUCUGACAGCGGAUCUGACGACAGCAUGGCAGAGGAAGACCUCGCUGUUGAAACACCAGUUCUCUCUCGUGAACUCGUCAUUUCUCUAAUCGACAAGAACACUGAGCUACAGGCCCAGGGUUGGCGUGACAACCAGCAACCCAAGCUCGAAAAGAAGGCAGCACGCCGUGUCUGGCGUAUCGCGAAGGGCAAUCCAAAGACGGCUCGCGCCUUGAUCCAUGGCGCGACCAAGGCAGUUGAGCACCUUAACGCGAGACUUGAGCGUUUCAAGAACAAUCUCUUAGACCGCACUUGGGAAGACGAGCAAGAGGUCGAACAAGCUUGCGUGACUCUGGAACCCACCAUCAACGACCGUGAGCACGAGGAAUGGAAGACCCAGAUUUGGGCACUCAAGACGGAGCCUACAUUCACAUCAAGGAGUUCCAAGCCAUCUGGCAGAGACCGUCAUGGUCCUUCGAGAAGAGCUCUUGACCUUGAGGAAUCAGACGACGACAUGCAGGACUUCAUUGUCAACGACGAAAACUUCGAAGACGCCAGAGAAAGCCAAGACGACCACGACUCUGAACCUGAUUAUGACAUGCAAGACUCUCCAUCCCAUAACGGUCUGCAAAUCGAAACCACGACGCCCAGCCAGAUCAACCAAGACUCCACUGCAACAGCCGAUGAAAACAUCCCCGAUGCGACCGAGGUACCCGCCGACUUUGAGCACGAGGCCCCACGACGUGGAUCUGCUGGAAGCGAGUCGCCCCAGCAAUUGGUCGACAUGGACCAGGCCUCCGAGGCUAUGCAAACACCGCAGAAGAACAGACCCACUGCUGGUCCGGAGACCCCUGUGGAGUCUCCUGGCACCCCUGGCACCCCUGGCAUGCCUACGCUUGCGGAGUUGUUCCAGUCAAGAUCGUUGACCGCGCAUAAGAACCCAACUGUCAUCGAGAUAACCUCGAGCCCUGUGCGACCCGUUGUGGCACAUACCACGACUCAACCAAGUCCCCUACAGAGUCUCGAUGUGAAGCAAGAGCAGGGAAGGUACACAGAGAUCGCUUAUUCGGCAACCCCAGACAACGACUCCCUCGCACAAAUCCGAAGCUGGACUUUUGAAGGCCUUGAGGAAGAACAAGACCGAAGACGAAUCAUGAUCAAGAUUGCGUCCACGCUACACAAUGACCAGAUUGAGGCACUUGCGCGUCUCUUCACGGGCAACAUGGCAAAAUUCUUCGAAAAGGUCAGAGCUGCUCUCUCUGCUACAAACAAGGGAAAAGAGUUCUUCGAUGGCUUUGAUGAAACUGACAUCGAAGCCAUGCGAUAUGCAGCCAGACUUUACUUGUGCUUCCUCCACGCAGACCACAGAUUCUUCGAGUCUGACAUAUCGGAGUUUGCUUCCUUCGAGUAUGAAUGGCCAUGGGAUGGUGAAAGUGAAAGUGAUUACGCAGACGAUCUGCGCGCCUGGCAUGAAUACGCCUGGAGGGCAGUGAAACGAUUCAGAAAGGCUCCCAUGCCAAAGGACCAUGCGUUCAUUGAUAUUAGCGACGAUGAACCGAUUGGAAUUGACAACUCGGGUCAUACAAGCGUGCGUAAGAGGAAAGUCAACAGAGACCAGGACGCCGUCAGAAAACGCGCCAAGGCAGCCGAGAGAGCCGCCAACUACGAAUCUCAGCAUCAGUACAGCCAAACUGGAUCGUUCACGGCCGGUGAAGAUGGAGGAAGCGAGGUAUCCCUCUAUGCGCCGGACGACGUGGAUCCAUCCAAGCAUGUGUAUCUCAACUCCGACAUCGCCAAACGCCUGAAGCCGCAUCAGAUUGAGGGUGUCAAGUUUAUGUGGAGAGAAAUCACUACGCCCGAAGAAGAAGACGGCCAAGGCUGUCUGCUGGCUCACACGAUGGGCUUGGGCAAGACAGCCCAGAGUCUAGCGCUCCUUACGGCAAUAGCUGAGACCGCGAAGGAUAUGGAAAAGCGCGCCGUUCUCCCCGACGAUCUGAGAAAGGCUAAGAACAAGCUCAGAGCGCUCAUACUGUGUCCACCAUCUCUUAUGCCGAAUUGGAAGCAAGAGAUUGCUACUUGGUGUCCCAACAAGCUGUUCAACGUCUUCAACUUGAGCAGUGAGGUCUCGGCCAAGGCAAUGAGACUUGAUGAGAUCAAAAGCUGGCGUCACUUAGGUGGUAUCAUGCUUUGUGGUUACACAAUGUUUACUAAGUUGAUCAACCGCCAGGUCAGCAAGAAGGAAGCUUUUACCGAUGCAGAACAUGAGGUUGUAACAAAGACUCUCCUUCGAAAAGCCCAUAUCGUCAUUGCCGAUGAAGUGCAUUCGAUCAAGAAUGACAUGAGCAAAGUUUCCGCGGCUGCUCACAAGCUCGAAACUCAACGUCGCAUUGGAUUGACAGGCUCACCUAUGAGCAACAAUACUGCAGAGAUCUUUGCGUUGAUCGACUGGGUUGCACCCAAGUUUUUAGGCAACAAGACCGAGUUCAAGGCAGAUUACCAGGAGCCGAUUGAAGCUGGAACUUACAGCGACAGCACCGGACAUGAAGUACGCAGGUCCUUGAAAAAGCUUGCAGCAUUGAAAGAGAUCAUCACACCGAAGUUAAAUCGUGCCGACAUCACGGUCCUCAAGGGCUCUCUCAAGAGCAAGGUGGAAUUUGUCUUGACAGUUCCGCUGACUGGUGUGCAGAAGUCGGGCUACGAGACUUAUGUCAAGGAAAUCCUCCGUGGCAAGGCCGGCGAAGAAGGCACAACAAUUACGCAAGUCAAGCUCUUUGGAUGGUUGUCUAUCCUGCAAUUGCUGUGUAAUCACCCUAUCGUCUUCCGACGCAAGUUGCUCGAGCCACCCAACAACAGCAAGAAGGCCAAGAGGAUUACCCUCGAUGCUACAGACACAGAAGCUCUUGUGAGCUGGUCCGCACCAGGUCCACCUACAGCAAGUCCGUCUGUAGCAGGACCAUCAACAGCAGGUCCAUCCACGAUGAAUGCACCUGCUUUGUCAUUGACAGCAGCGCCGACGUCGGGAACUACCUACCUGAUGGAGGAACUACCGGUGGGUGGAGACGAUGCAGCAUAUGCAGAUGCACAUAUCUCUCAGUAUGACAUCAACAAGGCCGUCGUUGACGCAUUGCUUCAAGUCGUUCCCGAUGACGACGCCAUCGAGUUGUCUUACAAAACCCUGCUCGUCCGAAAGAUUAUGAGUCUCUCGAUCCAAGCUGGCGACAAGGUUCUUAUCUUUUCUCAGAGCAUUCCAUCACUAACAUUCCUGAACGCCAUGCUAUCAAGUGUCGGCGCCCGCUACGGUCAUAUUCAGGGGGACGUCGCUCAGGAAAAGCGUGAAAAGUUGCUCAAGUCGAUGGCUGACGGCAAACUCGAUGUUCUGCUCAUCUCAACCCGUGCAGGUGGUCAGGGAUACAACAUCCAGCAGGCCAACCGGAUCAUCAUCUUUGAUUUCACCUUCAACCCGACCUGGGAGGAACAAGCAAUUGGAAGAGCUUACCGUCUAGGACAAACCAAGCCUGUAUUCGUCUACCGUUUUGUCGCUGGUGGUACUUUCGAGUUCGCACUCUACGACAAGCAGCUAUUCAAGACAGGUCUCUCUUCCCGCGUGGUCGACAAGAAGAACCCCGUGCGCAACGCCAUCAAGAAGCCCGGCGACUGGCUAAAGCCACCACUUGAUGUUAUACAACAGGACAUCAGUGCUGAAAUUGGCAAGGACGAACAUGUGAUGGACAAGAUUAUCGCUAGCCAGCGCAGCGGCCAGGAUCAGUUCAUUCGUAGUAUCAAAACUAUGGAGACUCUUAUGGGAGAGUCCAAGGACGAAGCUUUGACUGCAGAGGAGAUGCAGGAGGUGGAACUUGAAGUGUUACGCGCAAAGACUCGCAAGCUGGCUGGUAUCCCUGAGGGUCGCGCAACAUUGGUGCCACCUCAGUUGGGUCCACGUUCGACUGGUUUUAUCUUGCCUGAGCCUGGCGCAUCUUCAACUACGCCUCAGUUGGAGCCCGCUAACCCGGUCAGCUCACCACCUACCCCGAGCAGAAGAGUGGUUUCGAAGUAUUGA